UGCUGGGGCAGACUGCCCGGCUCAGUGUGCAAGAGGAGGCAACCAUGCAGGUGCUCACCAAGCACUACCCCAAGAACUGCCUGCUGACCGUCAUGGACCGGUACUCGGCUGUGGUGCACAACAUGGAGCAGGUGGUGAUGAUCCCCAGCCUCCUGCGGGACGUGCAUUUGACGGGGCCUGGGGAGCAGGCUCAGGCCCCCGAUCUCUACACCUAUUUCACCAUGCUCAAGACCAUCCGCGUGGAAGUGGAUCACGGGCUAUUGCCGAGGGAAGAGUGGCGGGCCAAGGCGGCAGGCCACCAAGCCAAUGAAGCUGAGGACGAUGAGGCUGUUGAAACGGAGGAGGCCGGGGAAGAGAGGAUCUCCAGAGAGCUGGACCUGGAAGCCCAGUUCCAUCUGCACUUCUCCAGCCUCCACCACAUCCUUACCCACCUCACCCAGAAAGCCCAGGAGGUGACGAGGAAAUACCAGGAAAUGACGGGACAGGUCCUGUAGGCCUUGAGCUCCAAGGGAGAUCACUUCACACAAGAAGGCAGCCUCUGGGAUCCAGCAGUUCAUCAGUCCUGAGAGCAGAAAGACCUGAACCUGCAGCUGGAUGUGAAGGCUACUUGUGCCUCUGGAAUGCUUCCCUACUUCCUUGUGAGCUCAUUUGCCGACUCCACUCACUGGCUCACCUAAGGACAUUUGUCGAUACUUACAGUUCCUUUCCCUCCUCUUAUCAACUUGGGGUGGCAACCUGGUUCAUGAGUUACCUGUCCAGUGCGGCAGUUAGAACAAGCAGAAGCAUUAGCACAUAACCAGUGUUCAUUCACAUCCCUCCUUUUGGGAGUCAUCCUCUAUGUGAUCUCGGGAAUCAUCACCCACAAGCGCCUCAAUUCCCUCUAGUAUGAAACAGUUUCAAUCUACCUCACAAGGUUACAGAAAUGAAACAAGAUGAAUCGGAACUACCUGGCAUGUGAGAGCUAUUGUAAUAGGCUGAUUUUUUUCUCCCACCCUCUCCUAUGUAUUUGCUCUAGUCCUUGCUGUUUUACAAGAUUAAGAGAUGAGUCCCUUGUAAUAAAUGGCUCACACUGCUGUACCUAAUGAACCCUAUGAGGCUAAAUAGAUUAACUAUAAAUAAACAUAUUUAUUGUAGUAGAAAUUUAAGAAAAAAA